GAUUUCUCCGUCGCGUCGUCAGGAAAUUCUCUCAUGUUUAUAGCCUUCAUCCUCGCUUUUUUGAUCGGGGUCUUUUCCGUUUUGCUUUUGGAAGCCUUUUUGCUUUACAAAUGGUGGAGUUCUGCAGGUGUGGAUGCGCAAAAACUUUACCCACAGCGCAUGAAAGUCACCAAUCCAGAGGUAUUUCGCUCUUUCAGUUGCUUAAACAAAAUCACCGGAAACAUUGAUUAUAAUUUAAGAUCGCAAUACAAUGUACCAAUUUUUGAUCGCUGUAUACAAGCCUAUGAUCUGAGAAUUAUUUAUGCCUAGUUUUUUCUUUCUGAUAUUAAAUUAGAAAAUUUUGAGCGUUAAUUAUAUUUCCAUUUCAAUCAGAAAAAGAAAAAUCAUGCACGUUUUAAUUUUCAUCCUGCUGUGUAGUGCGACCUGGAUCCAGCUGUAAGGUGCCAUAAUGGAAAGGGAAGGAGAUUUUCAGAAUUUUACCUAAAUUUAAAUACAAUUCCUUUGGCUGUGGUGAUGUGUGAGUUAAAAGAAUUGGAAAAAAAAUCCUUUCGUUUGUAAUCACUAGAACAACAAAUCUUAAAAAACGAAAUUUGCAAGAAUAACAUAAAUCUUUGUGAAGAAGUUGUGUGGCAUUAGAGAACACCUCUACGUACCAGAAAUUGAGUCAGCUAAAUCACCUAAAUGAAAACACAUACUAGGCACUUGUUGAUGUAAAUAUUCUCCACAUUUUUUUUUAGCCUCUAGCAGAUUACUGCAAGAAGGAUCAAGCCACUAAACCUGAGUCAUGUGUUUGUAUGAACCUUCUAUUUUCCUUUCUGUGGAGAGAAUGGAGAGAUUCUCCACAGAUGAAAACAUACUUCUUAAAGAAGAUGAACUCAGAGUUCACUGAACUUAUUCAAGGAAAAGCAGCUAGCAAACUGAUCGAGCAAAUAACGAUUGAAGAACUUUCUCUUGGGACAUCACUGCCUGUUAUUACAGGUUUGUGCAUUUUCUUUACCUUAACUAUUUACUCCCUAACUUUAGUAUACAUAUUCUCCAGACUGUUCACUAUACAUUUCCUAAAGUGCCGACUUGGAGAAUUUGUCUAACAAUCAAGAGCCUCUUUAGUUGGUGAUCAUUUCCUUUAUUCUCAAUGAAUUUCAUGUGUGAUUUGGGGGGGUGAUACUCUAAGGAGAAUUUUUCUUUGGAUGACCUAGGGACAAAGAACUAUGUUCCAAAAUUAGGGAACCAAAGAAAGUGAAACAUAUUGUGAAAUCAGUUAUAGAUCAUUUUACAUCUUAGGGGGCCAAGUAACACAUUUUAUUGACCCUUUAAUUCCCAAGAUCUAAUUAGCAAUUAUCCUUACUGUCUGCUAUACAAUUCUUCUAAUGUUACUUCAGAGAAUUUGGUAUUGUAUCAACUAAUCAUCCCCUAAUUGAUAAAUUUCUUGGUUCUCAUCACUUAUCUUCAUGAUUUUGUAUUGAUAUUAUAAGGAAAAAUUAUGUCUUGGUCACUCAUGGGAGUUAACAGGCUAAGCUUUUUGCAUAUCUCUUUCAAUGGAUGAGGUUUGUCCCCUUUUAAUUGCAAAUGCAAAGGCACCAUGCUGAAAGAGGUCAUUUUUAUCCAGGGCACCCAAGCUCUCUAUACAGGUAUACUUUCCUCCUCUGAAGUUAUCCACUGCAAUGUCUUUACCAAAUUAAAUUUAUUUCUUCACAAUCUCUUCACACUUCUCUUUUCCAGGGCAUACAUGUAAGAUAAGAUUUUUGCAACACAAUCAUCUAGUUAAUUAUCCCUUCAGUACAACCCAGUAAGGGGCUUUUUGAGCAUAAUCUUUCCCUUGUGAUGUUAAGGAGGCUAAUCUCUCAUAGUUACUAGAUGAUUUAGUUUUAUCAACUGAGUUGAUAAUGUAAAUUGGCCAAAGUAAAGAGUUUUAAGGCUGAGGUUUUAACCUUUUGUCAGUCUCAUAGUCACUGCUUGACCCCAGUUACUCUGGCCUUUCAAUUUUGAUGCGCUGUUAAACAGAUGGGUAAUGACAAUUGAAGUCUGUAAACCAAAAUUGGAAAGGCAACCAUGGACAAAUUGUCUUACUCAAUCUACACAGGGUUACAGAAACACUGCAGGAUGUAAUAAAAUUUAAAUUCCUCAUAUUUAUUAGUUUUUAUCAACAGCACUACUGUCCUAAUUAUUUUAAUUACUUUAUUUUUAUGUGUUUUUAAGGAUUAUUUUAACACUUUGACACCCAUAAGUGAGCAAGACCAGAAUAAAGAGUUUGGGGAGUAUUAUUUGAUCCAUUACCAAGUUCUCUGAAAUAACCUCAUAAGAAUUGUAUAACAGAUUGUAAUGAGAAUUACUAAUGACAUCUUGGGAGCGAGAGGGUUAAUUUUGUCCCUUAUGCACUUGGUAUUAUAUCUAUGAUUCUGUUUCCCAUGCCAUUCACGCCAAAAUGGAUAAAAAAAACAGCAGUAAAAAAAAUUCUAGUGAUCUACCACUCUAGGUUGGUCUGUAUGGGGAAAAAACUAUGGCCUAAGUCUUGGUUAUGUACUCAAGGCCUUAUAUACAGUUUUUUCUUCCCAUACAAACCUCCUGCCUAGAAAAUAAAAUGUAUUAUUUUAUUUUGUAUAAACAGGUGCCACCAUCAUGAAGAUAGGAACAAAAGACCCAAAGGAAGUUGCAAAGGAGUUAGACAUUGCCUUUGACCUUGAAUAUACAGGAGGAUGCCACAUGGCUAUACAGGUUGAUCUUGUUUUCAACAAGUCUGUGUAUGUGGCAGUCAAGUUGGUUUCUCUGAAAGGCCGAGCCAGAUUACAGCUAAGCAGACAUCCCCUUUCACACUGGUCUUUUGCCUUCUAUGAGGUACUGGAUGAUAAAAAUAUUGAAGACCAUUAUCAGAGAUAUGAUCAUUAAUUAUUUUGCAGAUAGUUGUAACUUUAUGUUAGUUUAUUAAUAAAUUCUGAAGGAAGGGUCUAAGGACAGAAUUUCAAGCCCCUCAAGCAAAACUAGACAAAGUGGAUCAAAAUCUUUCUUUUACAACAUUGGAACAUGACCUUUUGAAUCCUCUGAAACAGAACAACCUUUUUGAAAGGUCAGUCACAUGAGAGUGAAGAACACAUUUUUGAAGAAAUUUAAUGCAUUUAUAACUGUAGGGUCGAAAUGCAAUUGUAAAGUAAAGUACCACUUUUGACAGACUGUUAAUAAGGCUGAAAUUUGCUCACAUUCAUCAGUCAACCAAAGCCUACACAUACAUGGGGUCAAAUUCUUUGCAUUUUGUGUUUGUGUUUGUGUGUGUGUGUUUUUUUUUUUUUCUUUUUUUUUUUGUUUUUGUUUUUUUUUUUCUUGGCGAGAUGAUGUUUUGGAUUUUGCACCAAACUCUUAAAACAAAGAAGUAUACGAUCCUUUUAUAGAGAAUAUUAGCUUUUUAAUUUCAGAGAAUGAUCAAUGGUAUUCCAGUAGCUUUGUGUAUUUAUUUAUUUUUUUAUUUUUUUUUUUUUUUUCUAUUCAGGAACCCGAAGUUGAACUUGAAGCUGAGUCCCAGUUUGAAGGCAAGAACUUCCCUCAACUAACAUCCCUGAUAAUAAGCCAUCUUCGCAAGUCUAUACAAAAGAAACACACCCUCCCAAGCUACAAGAUCCGAUAUAGCCCCUUUUUCCCACAGUUGAUUCCUCAGGAUGAAACCCAGGAGGUGUAUGUUCAUAACAGCAGUGUCACUGUGGGUAGUCUAGAGGUCACUGUUGUAGGGUGUACCCGUCUACCUGAAUUAGAGAACGAGGCCUCUCAGUACUGCAGUUUGUCUGUGGACCAGCUUCCCUGGAGUCAACUUGUUGAGAACAGGAGAGCAAUGUGGCCAACAUUUGAGGUGGGGUCGACAUGUGUCUGUUUUCACUUUCAGUGAGUGUCUAUCCUUUAAAUUUUGGGUUGAAAUUCAAAGCAAUUUACUCCAGGUGUAGUGUGGACCACUUUGGUUAACUCCUCAGUCAAGCCUAGAAACUCAACCUAAAUUGUGGGUUGGAAUUCAGGUGGGUGAAGACGAGGUGGGGUCGACAUGUGUCUGUUUUCACUUUCAAUGAGUGUCUAUCCUUUAAAUUGUGGGUUGGAAUUCAAAGCAAUUUACUCCAGGUGUAGUGUGGACCACUUUGGCUGACUCCUCAGUCAAGCCCAGAAACUCAGCCUCUCAGCGUUCAGUAAAUAAUUUUGAAACGAAGUAACUGUCGUUAACUCAUGAACAUGCGAAACCUUAAAUUUCACAGUUUUUGCCCAAAAAAAAAUAGUGAAACGAGACUAAAUCCGAUUGCAAUCGAGUAAGCUUAAGAAUUUACGCAACUAUUUCCGAUUUGAGUCCAAUUUAUAGAAAACUGUCCUAUGCAAUGCCCUGACAAUGUCUUUCUUUUAGUUUGAUUCCAAUAUUUUGGCUUGAAGAGGCUGAUUUAGUGCAAAUAUGAAGCUUAGAUCUCAUAACAGGCAAAAAAAAAAAACACGAAAUAUCAACUACAAGUCCGUUUAAUACUGACGUUUUUUACCCGCAGAUUGAGAUAAGUCGUGAGAACAAUGAAGUAUCCUUCGGUCUGACCUUGUGUAACGAGAUCAGUGAAGAUGAAUUGGGAAAAACCAUCGUGAUAGAGACAGUUGUAAUAGACUCCCCUGCAUACAGUGUAGGAGUUAUGGCUAAAGAUGUACUGGUGGCUAUUGAUGGAAAAAAGAUAGAGUCGCUCAAGCAAGCUGCUAAGCUGAUAAAAAGUAAAAGCAGGUAUCUUGUUCCAUUGAUUUCGUCUUUUGAAAGUGAACUUCAUAUUACAUCUGGUGUAUUUUUGGCAAAUUUAAACUUCCGUAAUUUCAUGAAAAUUUUCUGACGUCUUGGCACCUUCCAGCUCUCUCUUAAACCGUUUCUUAAGUUCGCUUCAGACCACUUACCAUUUAACCACAGUGGCAUUAUUACUGUCACUGAUAGUACAUGUAACUCAAAGCCUGACUGUCGUUGCUUGUCUCACAAACUAUGGCUUAACGUUAAUCCUGAACUGUCUGUUUCUGUGCACCAGACAGGAGAUAUUCGUCUGACAAUGGACUCCUCUAAAAUCUGCCGUUUACUUCCACUCAAAACUUUUGUCGCUGAGCGCAUUAGUGGGCUUGCCCAGGAACCCCAGCCACGGCUCCAUCACAGCCUACCAAGGCUCUUAAAACCUUCACACCCACAUGGUUGUUGCUCAUAUUUUAUAAUCAAUUUUUUUUUCUUUUUGCGUUCUAGAUUCACUGCUACGGUUCAAAGACCACCUACAAGAAUUUCGCAACGAGUCGAUCGCGAAAAGCCAGAGAACGAACAAGAUGAGAAAACUGUCGUGAACUUUAAGAAUGUCGCACUUCACAAUGACAGCGACUCCGAGGAUGAUUUUGUCAACAUCGUGGUGCCACUGUUUGAAGUUGAAGACAACGAAAUCGCCAAGUCUGCAAUGAAGGAAAUGCUGUCACCAAGCAAUGAAUUGAGACAGAGAGCGGAGAAAAAGAUGGAAGGAAGGUAAGAACGAACUUUUUUUGAGCAUUCCUUUACUGGGUUUGUGUAGAUGAAUCGUUAUAGCGAUUUGUCGUACCAAAAUAUUCUAAACUAUAAAUGAAUAAGGGCGGUAAGUUUCUAAUGAAACGUUUGGUGCUGCGUCGGUGGUGGUAUUACAUGACAAUUUGAUUUAUCAACAGAGUUAUUAAUGUAAUAGUGUAGUUUGAUCGUCUGGGUGAGUGUAGUCCUGAGAAGGACUGUUGUCGGUAGUGGUGACUGACGUUUCGACAACCUGAGCGGAAGUCAUCAUCAGAGUCAAGUGAAAGGUUGUUGUCAGUCGAAUGUACUUAGUCCGGUUUGUGUACACUGAUUGGUCAGUUUUGCCGUGAUGUUAUUGGCUGUAAUACUCAAGUGGCGUAGGUCAGUCGUGAUUGGUCAGUUUGGAUCCGUUAGUGAAGUUGGGUCGUUCUGUUGGGUUCGUUUGUAAUGUUAAUGUCGUGGAUGAGUCGUUUGUAUGGUGCCGGUAGUUGUUGACACCUGUUGAGGGGAGUCUGUUCCAAGUUAGUAAACCAGUUUUUUAGGGUCAGUCGUUGAAAGUAGUUGGUGCUGUAGGUUAGCCAUUGCGCAGAGUCCCAGUCAAUAGUGUGGUUCGUAAGUCGGUGAUGUUCAGCAAUGUGAUUGUUGACAUCGCCUUUCCUCGUCGCUCGUUUGUGUUCAGUCAGUCUAGUUGCGAGGUUUCUGUCAGUCUCACCGAUGUAGGAGGCGUGGCAGUCGGAGCAAUCAGCAUGCAAACAACCUUUUAUUUGACUCUGAUGAUGACUUCCGCUCAGGUUGUCGAAACUUCAGUCACCACUACCGACAACAGUCCUUCUCAGGACUACACUCACCCGGACGAUCAAACUACACUAUUACAUGUUAUCCCCGGGUUCAAACCAUUUGCUGUAUGAGUUAUUAAUGUAAGGCUGACGUUUCGAGCGUUAGCCCUUUAUCGCUAGCUCUGACGAAGGGCUAACGCUCGAAACGUCAGUUUUAAAAAUCCUCUACGGUUGCCAAUUUACAUUUAUUUAUGAAGUCAAUUGAUGAAACCAAAUUUCUAAACUUUGUUUACUUUAUAAUCAGUCGCAUUCCUUUCGGUUUAAGACGCUUUUUGAUUGGUCUAGAGAAUGUGUCGCAUGUAUCCUGUCCGCCAAAAUUUCAAGCUCAAAUUUUCGCUUGUUUUGUCUUAGAGAUCAGAUAUCAAGGAGGCAACCGACAAGGGACACAAAACAGGGAUCACCAGCAUCCACACAGCGGGCGAACGCAGGCCAGAUAACUCCUGAAGUGAACGAUGAAAAGGCGUCUGUCGAAAAGACUCCUUUACCAAAUGGCACCGACACUGCUUCGCCAAAACGUCCAAGGAAGGUGUCUGUUUCAUCCCUGAAGGUGAUGGACGGACCAGCUACCACCAAAACCACGCUGGUGUCAGCAAGCUCGGUAAGUAGUGCUGUCACUCAUUGGCGCUGAUUAUCGAAGGAUAUUGACGAAACACAGAGAUGUCGAUGACUUUUUCGAUGAUGCUAUGCUAAAACCAAUAUGUUUGGUUGGCUGGCAGUCCCAACACUCAAGCAUUAUUGAACCUUUUACUUGUUUCCACAGACUAUUAAAACACGAGGGGGAGUAGAAACUAGAAAAUAUUAUACCAACCCAGCACGUACAUAUUCACGCCCACAAUUUACAAUAUGGACUUUGGAAGUAGAAAUUUGGAAACUCUCCCGCGUAAAAAAGGGAACAAAACGGGGGGGGGGGGUUAAGAAUUGUGGAAAGGACCUCGGCGUAACAAUUGGUAUCCCUUCGCGGUCAUUAAGACACGUAUUGACCUUCGUUUAUAGGAUCCAGUCUGGAAUGAAACCUUCAAGUUUGAUGUCCAAACCCCUAACCUUCGAUACCUUAACGUGUGCAUAUGGAGCAAAUCUCAAGAGAAAAACGAGAAAGAUAUCAUACUUGGCCAUGUGAGUAGAGAUGAUUUUGCUCUCAUAAGUUUUCUCUCGCCACUAGAAUUGUCUGGAAGUAACUUUUAACUAUUUGCUCGGCUGUAAGUGAUAAAAAUUAUAGUUGCCAUAAAGGUCUAUAACUUGAAUUUCCUCAGUUAGUCGUCUUAUCGAUUCAAAACUGAAAAAUCAUAAAAAAUUUUUGCGGUAACGUCACUUUGCAGGCCUGUGAUUUUACGGAAUUUCAAUGUGGCUUAUGGAAAGCAAGGCGAUCGAAAAUUGCUGAAAAAGAUUUUUUCCAGAACGACAUUACUGGAGUGAGAACGCGCUUAAGAACCCUUUAGCUUAUGAUUUAGCGCACUUUCUUCCAGGUUGACGCCCUUAAGGAAUCGCUUUUUUGUGCUUUUAGGCGAAACACUGAUCGCUUAUAAACUGCCGUUAAUAUUGUUGCAGGUAACCAUUCCCUUGAUGGACAUUGCACUACGAUGCUUGUCAUUCUCGUCAAAGAGACACGAAGAGUGUUUCGUCUUGGUUUCCCCACACUCCGACAGGAUUAUAUCAAAGUAAAUAAUAAAUUUGAAUGUGACAUUCAUGAUUUCCUGUUUGCUACGGAGAAAUUUUGGAUUUUGAAAGAAUGAGGAGCUGACUUCAAGAACCUCUUUACUCCUGAAAGAAACUAAUAUUUUAUUUUACCGAUUGCUAAAUAUUUCCUUUAAAAGGAGAAUUUUGAGUUUUAGCCCAGCAAGACAAUAACUUCUCAUACGAUGAUUUCUUCACGCGAGGGGAAAGUCACGUGUAGCUUGCAGCCCGCGCUGCACAACCGAAGUAAUUACAAUGGCCAAUCAGAAUGGAGAAAAAUCCCAGAAUCCAGUGCAAGCUGAAGUUAAAAAUAUGCAAACUACCUGAAGAGAAAAAACGUGAGGGUCCAAGUUGCAAUCGGUUGAGGUUUUGUAAUCUGAUUGCUUCAGAGGUGGUGCGUUUUUCUCUUGACUAGUGGCAAAACAAAUAAAUGUAAAUGCCAAACAGUUACUUUUGUGUCACACUGCAAUUAAUUUAAUAUUUCUUUAUCAACAUCUGUCUCACUGAAAACUUAUUGGAACUGAUUCUUUCUCAUUUGCGCCAGUCAGCCAUAUCUUCGCAAUCAUCCCGGUCUGAAAGAAAGUCUGUGCUGUGGAGACAUCACGUUGAUUUUCCAUCACAACCCAUCUCUUACGGAUUGUGAUGGAAAAAGUGGAAUUGAGUCUGCACCAGAUGAGCCAUUUCAAUCCCUUGAAAAAUGACAACUGGAAUCAAUGAACGAGUCUGCACCAACAACAUUUAAACAUAAAUGAUUCCAAAUUUGUUUAUUAGCUUUUCGUUUCGAUUAGCCAUUUCACUGAUGAGCAGUGGCCUUGAAGCUACUAAUGACAACUUAAUGAAUAGAAAUAUUUAGCAUGUGUACCGAAACAACAUUUAAACAUAAAUGCAUUCGCUAAAUUUGAGUGUUAUUAGCUCAAACGUUAAGACAUGGUAUGAUGGGCAGACGUUCCACAAUCCACUCUGAGCUCUCUCGAUGGAAACAUUUUCGAAAGUCCACCUUCAAAUUCCCCCUUUCCAUGUGUCUACCUCAAAUUUCACGAUCUCAUCAUGGAUUUCCUUUCUUGUAGUAGGGUACACCUUUAAACUUAAUCGAACCCAAUCGAUAGUUGACAUUUGCGUUCAGUUCUUCACUCGUUUAAAAUAUGUAUGGUCCUUCUGGCUUGUCCUUUUUCACUCCGUAGCCAGCUAUUUUAUUGUAGCCUCUUGUUCAUACCUUUCCCUUUGUAGGAUGAAAGUCAAGAAAAAGACACUCUAGAAAGGUAAAUAGAAAAUUCUAAAUUGUUAUAGAGUCAAUGUAUUUAGGGAGCUCAAGAAGAAAUUUUUUUGAGACGCAGAAGGUUGCCAGAAGUUUGGGGAUCUUUGCGCUUGGCACAGAUCUUUUACCGUACCCUUUAGUUUGGAAUGCUAAAACGAGAGCUUUCCACUCGAUUGUUUGCUGUCAACGCGUAUGAGAAAUACCUACAUUCUCCUCCUAGUUGUUCAUGUCGCAUCCCUUGCGUAGAAAUCAGCUUGAGAUGAAUGCAGAUUCUUUUGUAGAAAUGUGUCAUGAUUGCGAUCAGAUUUUUGUUCUCUUUCGUCCCUGUUUCUGUUUUUUUGUUUGUGACUCUACUGUAAAGUAUUUUUAGUACUAUUCUUGAGAUUUGUUUGUUGGUUAACAUGAAUGGCCACUGCUUACACUGAUGAAUAUGCCUUUUCUUUGCUUUUUCUUUCUGUAACAUUUGUUUAAUGUAUUGUCUGUUCUGCGUUGCAGUUUGGAGCCUCCCAAACAUCAGUUUAUCUUAACCCAGUUUUAUUUUCCCACAAGGUGUAGUUACUGCAACAAAAAGGUAAUGACCGGUAGAUAACAAGAAAUCGUCUGAGCGUUUUCUCGUAAAUUUUUCCGUUUAUGGGAUUUAUCUUCUGUCAACUUUGUAAUCGAAACGUUGUUCGAAAAUUUUUAAUCCUCGAGCUGAUAGAGUUUUUCUUCCUCACCAUCUGUGUGGAGGAUAAUGUUGCCAUAAUUUUGUCCUGUUGAGUGAGUGAGUGUGACAAUGGAACGACCUCUUCACCCACAACGGAGUCUGUCGAGUUUUAUCCGACAUUUCUCGCACGUGGGUUUUGUUUGCUUCAGAACAUCUUCCUUCGUUCAACGCUUGAUGACGAUUUCUUCGAAUCGCUUCGAAUGUUACUCGGAAUUAGCUCGUGAUCAUACUGUUUCCCGAUCCUACUUAUUGUUUGAGUACUACAGAAACAAAUAUGCUACAAAAUUACCUUCUAGCAUCAUUAUACAACCUCUAGUUCUUUUCAAUGGUAUAAAAAUUGUGCUAUAUCAGUAGCCACAUGCAGUCUUAAACUGCCUGUUUUUGUUAGUAAAGCUGACCAUUUUUGGAAGUUACAAUCAUGUUAACUAAUAUGCGAUUUUGUGGUCAUUUGGUUUUUUAUUUUUAUUUUAUAUUUUUUACUAAAACAAUGUUUUUUUGUACAGGUAUGGACGAAAGUUGCGUUCCAGUGUAGAACAUGUGCCAUGAUCUGCCACAAGAAAUGUCUGCGGAAUUGUAUGGAUUAUACGCACUGUGCACAGUGAGUAACAGUAGUAAAAUAUUUCAACAAAAAACAGGAUCUGUCGGUGUCGCUUUUGAAUCGCGCAUUCCAAUAUGAAUUUGAGCGCAAAAUUUUGAAGGUGUUGGGGCAGGUGACCCUUUAUCUUAAAGUGAAUUUGAUGAUUGGUAAUCGUUUGUUUUAUUCUUGAAUAAAUAAGACGUAUUUAAUGUCGAAUUUCAGGCAGAGCAUUCUUCCAAUGAGUGUCGUAACACUGAAAACGAGCUUACAAACCGCCAAUUACAACGAAUGGAACAUUUUAUGUCAUCCGAAUUCGGAGUUUGGCCUCAAGCGCGGGAUAAUGUCUUUAUUCAGUUGUUAGUCUCAAUAUUGAUUAUUCAUUUUCGCAGGAAGUUUUCUCGACAAGUCGUACAAUAAUCCAUACCUAACCUUGUCCCCUUUUCAUACGGAAAAAGAAACCGGCAGGAAAUACAGCUAUGCACAAUUUUAUGUUUUGGGUUUAUUUUUAUACGUUGGUGGUUAAUUUCUCGACAAGCACAAAACAAAUCAUGUUCGGGUGGUUUUCUAGACAGCAAUCAAAGUCAGCGCAGGACAAAAAGGAAGAAAAAAAUGAAGAGAAUAAAGGCAGUGUGGUGGAGUCAUCUGCACCUGAUGUAGCAGAGGCUUCCAGUGAAUCGGAUGAUGAAUUCUUUCCUACCACAAGUGAGCGAUUAUCGGACGAAGAUGAAACAAAGUCAGAAGUGACAGAUGAUCCUGCAAGUGAAAGUGUUAAGGUAGGCAGCUCCGAAUCUAGAGGAACCUUAGAAGUAUUCGACUCCUUGGUAGGGGGAUUUAGAAAUAGAGCCCAAGAUGAGUAAAGUUAAAGCGAAUCCCUGUCCUUGUUGAUUUUGAAUUAAAUUCGUUCAACAGCAUUCUGGAAAGACUGAAACUGCAGCUGAAUCAGACGAGAAUGUCUCCGAUAAGGAAAAUACGAAAGAGGAAGCGACUGCUAUCAUGAGAGCUUCAGAGCGAGUGAGAGAGGUCAGUUUCAUUAGUGAUGACUCUCACAAGCAACAUAUCAAGUAGACUGAAUUUAUUUUACAGAUGAUAAAGAACGAAGUGAUCGUCGCUGGCAAACUGCAUUAAUCAAAACUAUAACAAAAUUCUCGAACGCGAUUGGUCAUUACCAGCCCGAUUUGAGCACUAAUAGGGCAGUGUCGCGUCAUUGCUUGUAAUUGGACAGUGUAAUAGGACAGUUAAAGGGACACAGUUAACACGUUAUGCCUAUGUAAGUGGACAGAACGCGUCAUGAGCACGCGCUGUUGUCUCGCAUUUUGCCGAGUUAACUGUUGAUUUUUUUAUGAAAACGUACAACCGAUUUCAAGUUUCUUUCUCAAAUUUUGUAAUAGUUUUGAUUAAUUGGUAACAGUUCUUCGUGACGUCCAAUUCUGUUUGUAAUCAUACGAGUGAUUAACAAAUCGGACUCCCGCUUCGCGGUUGUCCGAUUUUGUUUAUCACUCGUAUGAUUACAGACCGACUUGGACUCCACUCGGUCAUAUUACCAUUAUUAAUCGUUUCUUUCUUAUAAAUACCUUGAGGAAGCCUUUUAUCUAAAUUUGUAAUUCUUAAUUUCCUUUCAAUGGUCUUUAUUCUAGUAUUGAUUGUAGAUUUUUAAUCAAUUUCUAAGAAUUUUAGGUGGUAUCCUUGAUUAAUGGAGUGUAAUUGCUAGAUUUUAGUGGCAUUUUAAUUAAGCUGUUAUUAUUAUUAUUAUUAUUUUUUUAGUAUUAUUAGUAUUAUUAUUAUUAUUAUCAUCAUCAUCAUUGUUACCUUGAGGACUGAACCACUAACUAAACUACGAAAAGAUUUGUUGAGAACGCAGCAACUGAACGACUUUAUUAAGGAAUUCUUGACCAACUAGAAGCUAUAACUAACGGUGAGACAUUUAGUUAUCCAUGAUAUGUAUUUUGACUUAAUUCCGUUUAAGGUUGGCAGAGAACUAUUCUCCAAUCUUCCUCUGGAGGCUCGCAAAAGCAAGUUAGAAGACAUGGUGAGACAUUUUUUGUGGAUCCUCGUUAACUCCAAAAUUCUUCCCACUUUCCGCAAAGUUUUCUUCGUUCUAGUAGCUGCCUUGUGCGUCAAAGGGCAUAAAGAGGGUUAUAGUGUAGUUGAAGUGAUUCGCCUUUGAUGUUAACUGUUUCUCUUUGAUCUUAAGAUGAACAAAUUACAAGUAGAGAUUGACGAAGAAAAUGAAACGCUUACAGAAUUGUACGACGAGAAGAAUAAAGCUAAGGAAAAGAAACAGAAAGCUGCUAUAGAGGCGCUAUUGGUGAGUUCAUUUGGGAAAACUUACUUCUGAAAACACCAGACGCUAGAUGUAACAUUGUUAACAACACGAAUCGUGUUAGUGCCCGUCCUUAUUGAGUCUGAUAAAUGUAUAAGCGCAAAAUGAAUACAAUUUCAAAUCUUGUGGUUUGGGCAACUCAGUUUUUCCAAUUUUCUUUGUUCCACACUCGUGACAAAUGUUCGACAUCCUUUUAUAAUGGUCAUCUUCAUCUUACUUUUCAGGACAAAUCAGUAGAAAGAAGCCAAGCACUAGCCAUGUUGAUGUUACAGUACUGUGCUGGUUAUCAGAGCUGUGUGGAGGCUGAAGAACUCGACUCUUAUCGGUUGUGAAAGAUCGCCACCAUCCAAGUCAACGUUUAAACCCAGGCUCUAAGAGUGAUCAGCGUCUAAUUUCUCUCUAAAUUUUUACCACUGAAUCAGACAUUAAGGUUUCGGAAUACAGGAAAUGACCACCCACUCAAGAAGCUCUAAUGUUGAAUUCUACCCUUGGUGAUUAACCUUAAAAACUGCUAAAACAUAUGAGCUAGGUAUUCAGUUUCCCUGUAUGUAGACUAAUUACUUUCAGAAAUGCUGUGCGUCUUUAGUUUUUUUAAGCUCAUUACGCUCAAAUAAUUGGAACGAACUCACGUCGCCAAAGGAGCAGAUAAUGCUCUUUUAGCAACAUGCUAAAUUUGAUUUCAAAUAUUCGUUUCCAGUGCCCUUUUCGGGUAUGACUUGGCUUAUGAAGAAUCUCUUUUUGUAUAAUUAUUAUAGUAUAUCAAAGGAACAUGAGCAAGUGACACUAAUCUUGCUGUUGUAUAUGAAAAAUUACUGAGUCUUUUGAAUAGAUUAAGAUAUAUGAUUUAUGUAAUUUAUAUUUAUAGAUAUUUUUCGUUUGUCUUUCUCAGAUACCCAAUUAUUGAUUUCUGUUAUGCUUUACAGCGUAACCUCUGCCGUCGCGCAGCCUUCUUUCGCCAAAAAUGUUUUCUGCUUAAACGUAUCGUAGUUCACUUUGGUAUUUUUUCCCUUUAUGUCAUGAGCAUUUUAAAUUGCCAGAAGUAAUGGUGGAUUUUUUGAUGGAGAUCACAUUGUGUUAUUCAAAAUAAUAUUUAAGGAGCUUCUAAGAAAUUUUUGGCUAGCCUGUAGUUUUCACGUAUUUGAUGCUCAGUAUUUCUUUGUAAAACUUUGAUUUCCACUUUCUUUCUUUUUCGUUCGAUGGUUGAAGAAGCUGAGAGAAAAGAGAAAUUUUACUAGGGGUUGGACAAUAAACAACAGGAAGAGGAGGGGGGGGAAGGGAAGGGACAUUCACGGAUGGAUAAUAGACUUAUGAUAAGCUUUAUCGUAGUUAAGAAUAG